AGAAAAAUAUCAGCGCAUGUCUCGAGAUUUAAAAAGUUUUUGAGGGAAUUCUAGGAAAUUGAUACUCAAUAUUUAAUGAAGAAAUGUUCGUGUUUGAUGAGAAGUCCCAAAAGUAACCAUUUAAUUUUCAAUUAAAUUAUUCUUCAAUGUGCUCAGGAACGAUGAAAUGAUUUCCAUUUUACAUUAAUAUUUACAUUCAUCAAAGACCGUAAGGCUUAAACUAAAUAUUUCCCUUAUUCUUUCGUGCAGACACGAAUUGUAUCAAAAAUAUUAAAUUUUAUUGGAAAAAUGAAUGAUUUGACAUCGGGAAUAUAUAAAACAAUCUUGUAAGAACUUCUAACGAUUUUAUUUUCCAACUGAUGAAAACUCAAAGUAAGCUUUAAAAGAGAAAAAUAUUAGAUACUUAUUUAUUCGAAAUCAAUAAUGGAAACUCGAAACUCAGAAAGAGACUUGCAAAGAAGGUAUGUAUAAAAAUCUUUAACGUAACUAUGGUUCAAUAUUUUUGAUAAUAUUUGCUUUCCAAUCAAUUCAAGCAUUUAUCUCGAAAUUACCAGUUGGAAAAAGUUCCUUGAGAAAUUAGGGUGCUUUAUAUUAUAAUUUGGCUAUCUAAUUCUAAUUAAUUUCCUUACAGGUAAUUGAAUAUUAAAGAAGGUUUACCAAUUCAUAAAUAUAUUCUUCUUACCUCGCGACAAAAAAUAUUGUGCAGGUUAUAAAUUUUCAUGCACACAAACAAAUUUUUUCUAUAAAAAGUUUUAUUAAAUAGGGCGGAAUAAAUAAAUAAAUGAACAAAAAAAAAAGCCGGCAAUACAGUCGCAUAGAAUUUCGUGCCAAUGCUUUUCACAUAAUAUUCCAUUGCAUAACUUAGCUCAAGGUAAAAAUUUUGAUAUGUAUCUACAUAAAAACAUGUGACGUUGCUCGUUCUUCUCAUUCACCAACACAUGUUGAGAAAACAACACUGGAUAAGCUUUCCGUUCUCGAGUUAUUUUGGAUAUCUGUCAAAAUAAAAAGUAACCCGAAGAUAUCCGAGCUUUUAAAGCUUUCUCGACUCAUGAAUACAUUUCGGGAAAAAAUAUAAAACGGGAAGAGUUUAAAGAGUGCAACAAGUGGUCAAUCUUAUGAAACCAAAAAUUCUCGUUAAAUUUUACGAUUAAAUCAGUUGUUAUUAAAGAUGUUUAAAUAAAUUUAAUUUCUAGACGUUUGUUCAUGAAAAAGCCGCCUAUGUAGAUGUUAACAUUUUCAAAACUUGUAACUGUAUAGAGAGCUAAAUGAAUUUAUUAAUUCAUGAACUUAUACUUGUGUAUUAAAAAAACUGUUUCCACUCGAAGGUCAGUACUUAAUCAUUCAAGACUCUUUGCUACAUCUCAUAUUUGUGAGAGGCAAGUUUCUUUCCUCUCGCUUAUCAGAAUUACUGAGAAAGACACUUCAUAGGUUCAUCAAAUUAUUCUUCUGGUAUGUUCUGUUAUUGGUAGAUAUUAUAAAGAAUUUAAAUAGAAAUAAAAGUUCAAAUAUACUCAAAUCCCUCAGAAAAACAUUUAUCAAAAAAACGCCG